AUGACUUCCAGCUCCCAUCGCGACUCCGUCUCCUCCAACUCCCCAGCGCCCAGCAGAUCGUUCCUGUCGCGACUGAAAUCGCCCUUGUCCUCCAAGUCGCGCAACUUCACCGACUUCUACAUUCAGUCAGACGACCCACAUCGCCAGUACGUUCCGGGAGACAUAAUAAGUGGAACCGUCAUCAUCAAGGUUGUCAAGCCUCUGAGGAUCACGCAUCUGGUCGUCUCGCUGCACGGCUAUGCACAGGUGUUCAAGAACCCAAAUACGCCAGGCGAUGCGUACAAGAACUACUCGACAACAAUUGGGUCAGGGAGAGGGAAGAGGCAGGGAAGCUACUUUGGAAAUGGCUUCGUAUCACUUUUUGAGGACGAGGUAGUCCUCUGUGGUGAGGGCAAGCUCGCAGAAGGUGUCUACCAUUUCAACUUCGAUUUGGAGUUCCCUUCAAAAGGCUUGCCAAGCAGUAUUGACUUCGAACGGGGUACAGUAUGCUACAUGUUGACCUCGACGUUGACAAGGCCGACAACCAUGUCGCCUACCACGACAUGCGAUGUCAAGGUCACUCUCCGCGAUGUGAUUGAUGUUGCACCAGUUGCAGAGCCCAAACCUCGUGUCAUAUCCUUGGAACCUAUCUCACGACGCACACGGACUAAGCCUCCUCGGAAACGAACAGAUACCGGGGCAUCGGAAAGUGUUCCACCCACACCUGGCAGUAGCACCGAAACGCCACGAUUAGCCCCACCAAGGUCAGAGCCUGGAAAUGGAUCGCCUGAAGGAACUAUCAAUCCACGCAGCCCCUCCCCAAGUGAAACAAGUUUUGCAAGUCAUAUGAGCAGCAGUGGUGCUUCAGGCACGGAGUACGGCAUCCGGUCUGUCAACACCGUGACCGACGCCGGUGGCUCCGUAGCUGCUAGUGGCAGCCGACCGACCGUGAGAGGGAAGACCAUCACGGCUACAAUCGACGUUCUAAAGGGCGGGUUCCUCAGCGGCGACCAAGUACCCAUCCGAGUCACUGUCAAUCACAACAAGCACAUAAGGAGUCUGAAGGGCAUCAUCGUCACCCUCUACCGUCAGGCAAGGGUAGACAUGCAUCCAGCCCUGCCUGUUGCACCCAAUAGCAAAGGCGACAAAACAAAAUCAGAAGAGUAUUAUCCUAAAUCUAGGACAGGGCUCGGCGGUUUGUCGCUAUCGUCGGCAGGAUCGAGUCAUACUUUCCGCAAAGACUUGGGCCAAUCGUUUGCACCACUGUUUGUCGACCCCAGGACGCUCACUGCAGACAUCAAGUGCUCGGUCAGAGUGCCAGACGACGUGUUCCCGACGAUUUCGAAUGUGCCUGGCGCUAUGAUCUCGUUCAAGUACUACGUUGAGGUUGUUGUUGACAUCCAAGGGAAGCUGACGGGUCUGGACCGAUUGGUGUCAAACGCUGGGGUAGUCACUGUUCCAACCUCGACAAACAGCACACCGGGCGGGGCCGGACGAGACGAAGCCGCAAGCAAUACGUUCUCGACCUGGGGCGGCAACUUUGUCGACACAGAUGGCAUCCGACGAGAAAAGGGUGUCAUCUCUUCACUGUUCGAGGUCGUCGUGGGCACAAAAGACAGCGAGCGGAGUGGCAAGCGGAAACAGGUCCAAGCUCUACCCUCCAAUGGCCAUGACGGCGUUCAUGAGAUACCCUACGGAUCUCACGAUGAAGAGAACAUGUAUGGCGAGCACGACCAUUACGACUACGGUUACGACGAGCACGGUCAGUACUACGGCGACUAUGGCUACGAUCCAGCAUACUACGAAGUCCCUGGAUACACCGAUCAUGGCGCAAAUGGAAACCAUUCCCACCAUGUUCCACCAGUACCAGCGCAAGAAGAGGAAGGUCUGUCAGAGAAGGAACGACUACGGCGAGCAGAAGCCCUGCUGUUACCGUCAGCACCUCCUGGCGCUGCUGACGGUCCUUCAACACCCGGCGGCGCAGUUCAACACGGCAUUCCCGCCUCCGCGCCAAUUCUCCCAGAAGAUGACGAACUCAACCUCUCGUACCCACCCGAGGCAUCAUCAUCCUCCUCCGCACCAUCCCAUCCCCCACCACCCUUCCGCGCCGCAACAGAAUCAUCACUCCCAUACCGAGCCCCCCUUCCCCCAUCAAUACGCCGCACCGCGACCGAAGACCUACCCCAGACCCUCGCCACAGGCUCCUCCCUCACCAUCAACGCGCAAACACCUUCUGCUCCACCAGGCACAAAUGGCAACGGCGCCGAACAGCACUCCAAACCCCUGCCACUCCUGCCACCGCAGUCUCCAGGCGCAGCACCAAACUACUUCCCUCCAUCUUCGCACGUGCAAGCCACAGACGAUAAACAGGAGAUGCAGCGGCGGAGGCUGGAGAUGGAGAGCAGCGCGCCCCCCCCUGCAGAGGGGGGCGAGAGCUCACAGGCGCCGUCGAGACCGCCUGUCAACGGGUCCAGUCGCGCUCCUGCUCGCUUUGCUCCCGGGCAUCUGGCUCCGAGCGCGCCGAUGCUGGAUGAGGAUGAUGAGGAGCUGGCGGCUGCUAUUGCGCCGAUUCGGAUUCGGGCUGAGAGACCGCGUAGUGAGGCGUUGCCUGAGUACCAGCGAUGA